ACGCCUCCAGCUUACCCAGGGUAAUCAUCUUGUUUCGAUUUCUUUUUCAUCCUUUCUCAAUCGAAAAGAAAAUAAGACAUUAUUACCGUCAAGCUCGUGAGCGGUUUUAGCGCCUUGAUAUAUAAAACCCGGCCACCCUUGCCACACUUUUUUCUCAUUCUCUUCAAUCACAAACACUAACCGCUCAUCUGACAAGUUUUCAAAUCCACCAACAAUGGCUUCCGCCGUCGUCACCGAGCCUAAUCUCCAGAGAAACCUCCACCUCCUCUCCGCCGAACAGGUGGAGCUGGCGAAGGUGCUGGUGGAGAUGGGGCAGACUCAUCUGUUCGAGCAUUGGGCCGAGCCGGGCGUCGACGAUGACGACGAAAAGAAAGCCUUUUUUGAUCAGGUGAGUCGGCUCAAUUCAAGCUAUCCAGGGGGUUUGGCAUCAUAUAUCAAAACUGCUAGAGAACUGUUAGCGGAUUCAAAAGCCGGAAAGAAUCCAUUUGAUGGCUUUACUCCUUCCGUUCCAACAGGUGAAACCUUGACUUUUGGUGAUGAUAGCUUUAUGAGUUUUGAGGAGACUGGUGUCAAAGAAGUUCGGAAAGCUGCAUUUGUUCUUGUUGCUGGAGGACUUGGGGAACGUCUGGGAUACAACGGAAUUAAGGUUGCUCUUCCCAGAGAGACGACCACAGGAGCGUGUUUUUUACAACAUUAUAUCGAGACAAUAUUGGCUCUUCAAGAUGCUAGCUGUCAACUCGCAGAAGGUGAAUGCCAAACAAAAAUUCCUCUGGUUAUAAUGACAUCAGAUGACACACAUUCUCGUACAGUAGAGCUUUUAGAGUCAAAUUCUUAUUUUGGAAUGGAACCUAAUCAAGUAAAGCUUCUAAAGCAGGAAAAAGUUGCAUGCUUAGAUGAUAAUGAUGCGAGGCUUGCAAUAGACCCACGUAACAAGUACAGGAUUCAGACCAAACCUCAUGGACAUGGUGAUGUGCAUUCACUACUCUACUCUAGUGGCCUCCUCACUGAAUGGCGUGACGCUGGUUUAAGUUGGGUUCUGUUCUUCCAAGAUACAAAUGGACUUCUGUUCAAUGCAAUUCCAGCAUCAUUGGGUGUUAGUGCUACAAGACAGUACCAUGUUAACUCCCUAGCUGUUCCACGCAAAGCAAAAGAAGCAAUUGGAGGAAUUACCCGACUUACUCAUGCUGAUGGGAGAUCAAUGGUGAUCAAUGUGGAGUACAACCAGCUUGAUCCACUGCUUAGAGCAACUGGAUUUCCUGACGGUGAUGUCAACUGUGAGACUGGCUAUUCUCCUUUCCCUGGGAAUAUCAACCAAUUAAUCUUGGAACUUGGUCCGUACAUUGAGGAGCUCACAAAAACAGGAGGUGCCAUACAGGAGUUUGUUAACCCAAAAUACAAAGAUGCUAGUAAGACUUCAUUUAAGUCCUCAACUCGGUUAGAGUGUAUGAUGCAAGACUAUCCAAAAACUUUGCCUCCAUCUGCUAGGGUGGGAUUCACAGUAAUGGAGCCAUGGCUUGCUUAUGCACCUGUUAAGAACAACCCUGAGGAUGCUGCUAAGGUACCAAAGGGAAAUCCAUAUCAUAGUGCAACUUCUGGAGAAAUGUUGGUUUAUCGUGCAAACAGUCUCAUUCUCAGAGAGGCUGGAGUCCAAGUAGCUGAUCCAGUACAACAGGUGUUCAACGGUCAAGAAAUUGAAGUGUGGCCUCGUGUCACAUGGAAACCAAAAUGGGCGGUCACUUUUAAAGAAGUAAAAAACAAAGUCAGUGGAAGUAGCUCAAUUUCUCAGAGGUCUACAUUGGUUAUUAAGGGCCGUAAUAUAUUUGUCAAGGAUCUCUGCUUGGAUGGGGCACUUGUUAUCGAUGUUGCUGAUGAUAAAGAGGUAAAAGUGGAAGGUUCGGUACAGAAUAAAGGCUGGAUCCUUGAAAAUGUUGAUUACAAAGAUACUUCAGUACCUGAGGAACUGAGGAUAAGGGGUUUCAGAAUCAACAAGAUUGAACAAUUGGUAAAGUCUGAGCCUUGAGUUCUGCUUGGAGUCUUGAAGGUGAAACCUCUUCCAUAUUGUUUAUUAAAAAAAAAAAAUGAUUUCUCAAGUCAGAUAGAUUUCUUUGCCCUUCUCUUCCCCUUUGUAAGUUGUUUGGUAAAUAUAUAUUUUCUUUUUGGAAAUAAUAAGUUUGAGCUGUUAGCCUUCUCAUA